CGUGUUGGACAAAGCAGCAGCUGGUAAUCAUUUACAGAUGCCUAAAGUUGUAAAACCUCCACGGCAGAAAAGGUGUUCUGCAACCGACGUGAACAGGUGUUUCCACGAAAUUUGCCAAGGAGCCUCCAUCCGUAGCGCUUGCUAUCGGAACCGAGUCCCUCGAUCGACGGUUAGGUUUCGCAUGGGACAAAAAUGUAAAAACAGAGGAAAAACAGGAGCACCUACUGCUUUAGAAGCGGAUGCAGGGCAGGAGCUGGUAGUUUGGAUUAAAAAAUGGCCCGGAUAAGAUUUCCGGUUACAAAGUACCGUAUGAUGAGCAGAGUUUUGAGCUAUAUCGAACAGAAUCCCGCAAAGGGCAACUUCAAAACCGGUAAGCCAAGUGAUUCGUGGUUUAGAAGUUUUAUAAAGCGGCACAAAGAUCUUGCAAUUCGGAAGGCGGAAAGUGUCACCAGCGCAAGUGCCAAUGUUGUUGAGCAGGAUUUGAGGAAUUGGUUCCGGGAAGUUUAUGGAAUAGCCGUGGAGGAUAGUAUUGAUCAUCUUCUACGAAAGGCAAAGUGUGUGCUGAAUGGCGAUGAAUCCAGUUUCUAUCUUGACCCAUCUGGAGAUAAGGUGAUCGCCUUGAGAGGGGAAAGGAAUGUGUACAGAGUUGAUCAAGGUCCUGCUUAAAAAAACAUAAUAGUUAUGUUUACCUGCUCUGCUGCUGGAAAGAUGUAUCCGCCAAUGGGAGUUUUACCAUACAAGAAACUUUCCUUGGAUGUUAUUCGAAGCGUACCCGCAGGUUGGAGUAUAGGAAAAACAGACUCGGGAUGGAUGACCGCGGCAUGUAUUCUGAAAUACGUUAAAAAUAUCCAUCCACAACUGGUUGAAGAUGAUGCACUUCCGGCUGUCUAUUACGUAGAUGGUCACUCUUCUCACACCGCUUGGGAAACAGCUGAUGAAUGUCGAAGACUCGAAAAACACUUUGUCUGUCUGUACGCGAACAGUACAAGAAUUCUUCAAGGCUGCGUGGAUACGUGUGAUUGACUCAUGGAAAAUGUCCAACCCCAACAAAUAUAUGAAGACCGAAAAUUUUUCCCUGCUCCUUCAGGAGGCACUGAAGGACGUCGACAAAAAAGUACUAGAAAACGGAUUCGAAUGCUGUGGUUUGUUUCCAUUUGACGAGAACAGGGUCGAUUAUUCUAAAUGUCUUGGUCGUAAAAAUUCACAGGAACUCAUGAGAGUUGCAAAUUCAGCUGGUGAAAGCUGUCAUCAGUCUCCGCCUGAUGUUGGAAAUGCAGAUGUAAAUUCGGUAGAUGAAACCACGCAUGGAAACGGUCAGCUAUCUACAUCCAACGACCAUUACGAUGUGAAACCGUCAGCUGUUUCUAAUUUGGUAGAAACAGUUCAGGUAUUCCGUAUGAAAGCUGAAGAAGUUCUACAUUUGAUGGAGCCCAAUCGUCGAGGGAGGUAUA